UUUAUGUUACACAGUAAUUACAUCACACUUUAACAGUGUCUAGAAUAAAAGCAAAAUUAAAAUUGUAGAAAACUUAGGGUGUGUCACUGCUGAAUGGGUAAUGCAUUGUUUUUAGUGUAAAGUUUCUUCGAAACUGUACAGUAUUGUGCUGAUCGGUGAAAAUUCACAUUAGUCAGGGAUCAGGCAUCAUAGUGUAAACUUUCCGGGGGGUGUAUAUGAUUUAUGUUCAUAGUGAUUUAUUGUAUUUAGCCGUAUUUAGUCAGUGCUUUGAAGGUUAUUUAGGCUAUUUUAGAUGUUUACAAAAGUUUACAAAAAUUUAGAGGAAUCAAUGUCAUUAUUGUAGAUUUUAUAGUUCUCGAUCAGCAGUAACACACUUAACUCAGUGGUAAAAGGCACGCGCGCUAGCCGCUCUAGCUGCCACCUGCCCUUCCCUUGUAAGAUAUAAGUAACACAUUUAUAUCUUCGUCAUUAGCUCCAAGAACGACUGAAUAAACUUGGUGUGUGUCUGUCUCAUCGCAGGAAGGAUAUGCUACUCAAACUCUUGGGAGGUCAUUUCUCAGAUGUUGUUGUUAAGAAGGUAAAGGAUGAGAAGGUUUUCAGAGGCACUGGUGAUAAUUGGGAUUUGAAGAUUUUAAAAGGACAUAUGAGAAAGGAAAUUCAGAAUGAGGAUCUGCACUUGUUUGCAAGUAAUUUGAUUGAGAACAGAGUGUCUUUCAACCAUUUGCCUAAUGACAAACCAAAGGGAGACAUAAAACAAUUUCCACGGAAAAACUUUUCCUUAAAUGUCAAUGAAAUGAGAAGAUACGUAGAUUGUGCUAAGACUCUUGUUGGCCGAAUAGUCAUGGAGUUUUUACCCAAGUUUAAGUUCUUAAAAGCUGUUGUUCCUGACCAUAUUUCUCAUGAGUAUAGCGAACAAAUGUCACAAAAGUCCACAAUUGUUAGCUUGCCAAUUAUCAAUGCUAAUGAAGCGAAAUAUGAAGACUGUGUAGCAAUAUUAAGAACUUACGAAAAGUGAAUUGCUGAAAUCUAUGUCAAAGCAGGAAAGUUAGACAAAGCACCAGUUACGGAAAAUCCACCAGUUCCUCAGGGUCCUGCAGCACCCGGCCAGACAGAUGCUCACAGACAUGAUACAGUCCAUGACCCAAUGCAUGAGAUGAAGAUAGCAUUUUCAGGUGAUCAAUUAACACGUGUGAGAUUUGCAGGAGCAAAGGAUCUACUGGCUGGUUCACACACACCUUCGGACCGCUUUGAGCACUGUUCACCUUUCAAACCAGUCAUGUGGCACACCAGAGCGUCACUUUUGCAGUAUUCAUAUUCAUUCCUGCACAAACCAGAUUCAGUAGAUCAAGUUGGUACACUGAAAUACUUUAGAGAAAAGUACAACAGAAAGAAUGUUACCCCUUCCAAAGUUAUUGACACUUUCGAAGGUAGCGAAGAGUUGUUUCUCAGUGUAGCUAGAGCUUACAUCAUUGCUGCUGUGCUGGAUUUUUUUGGUAUGAGUAAUUUAGAAGAUGAACCCACUUUACAUCCGUUUCCAGAGAACAUUGCACACAAGACCAUUUCAGACAAGAAACAAUACUUUGAUGACGUAUUUGGAAAAUUUAUUGACAAGUUCUUAUUACAGAAAGUUGAUGCUGAUGACCUUGAUGAUGGUGAUGAUGAUUAUGUGAAAAAUUAUGCUCUUUCAUUUAUAUUUUUGGGAGUUCUUAUAAUGCAAAUGAGAGACACUGGGGCAGAAGGAGAUGGUCAAAGAAACUUAAUCAACCAGAAACUCUUGCUGUCAGUUUUCAAAGCCAUGGGAUCAUAUAGCAAGUACGCCAUUGAAAUGUUUGUAAGUAUUGCCCAAAUUGAGUGCCUACUUACACCUCGUCUAUCAGAGGAGUUUAAAUGGGGAUUUUUCGUUAAUUGGAGAGGUGGCAUUGGGCAUAAUAUUGAGGACGACUUGGCUCAAGAGAUCUCAAACCGACUUAGCAAGAGGAUUGUCCAACGAAUGGGUCCAAACAAAACCCUAGCUUCCAUAAGUAAAGUGUGUAAAGCAAGUACUGGUGUGCAUCUUGUUUUAAACCAAUUUGACUCUUCUAUGGGUAUCCAUCCGAAAUCAGUACAACAUACAACCCGUGACUCAACUAAAGACGAGAAGGAAAUGAUAGCCGAUAUCGUGCAAUUGAAUCCUUUCAAUUAUGUGGCAGGAAGACAACAUGAUAGCUUCCCUGAAUUUAAGAAGAGCCCACUCAAGUAUUUGAACAUUGUUCAAUUUCAUCAAUGGCUGGAUAAACACAAAGCUGAGUUUCCAAAUUGA